UUCUUCCCUUCCACACCGAAAGAGAGCUCUCUAAUCCGCGCCUGCCUGCCUCCGUCUAAAAGUCAUCGCUCUCUCUCUCUCUCUCUCUCUCUCUCUCUCUCUUUGGGUUUUCCCCUAUCUCUGCAAAUCAACCAAUCUGAGAUCGACUUUGUCUUCAUGGAGGUUCCUCCUGGCAUGGAAGAGAGCGGCAAGUCUGAGGCCAACUUGACCUCCGCAGCGGCUUUUGUGGAGGGUGGAAUCCAGGAAGCUUGUGAUGAUGCUUGCAGUAUAUGCCUUGAGGCUUUCUGUGAUAGUGAUCCUUCCACGUUGACUGGGUGCAAGCAUGAAUUUCAUCUACAGUGCAUUCUUGAAUGGUGUCAGAGAAGCUCUCAGUGCCCUAUGUGCUGGCAGCCCAUCAGCUUAAAAGAUCCCACCAGCCAGGAACUGUUUGAGGGUGUAGAACGCGAGAGAAGUGUUAGAUCUAACCCACCUCGAAGUACUGCAAUAUUCCAUCAUCCAACUCUUGGCGAUUUUGAACUACAACAUUUACCAGUGGGCGUGAAUGAUGCUGAACUUGAAGAGCGUAUAAUUCAACACUUAGCUGCUGCGGCUGCAAUGGGUCGGGCUCGCCAUAUUGCCAGAAGGGAGGGCCAGAGAAAUAGGUCAUCAGGUCAAGGUCGCCCACAAUUCCUGGUCUUCUCUACUCAUCCUCCUGCCACAGCUUCUUCCUCCCCAGAUCAGAUGAGAGAGGGUGAGCAAGCUCCUUCCAAUGCAGUAACUUCUCCAUCGCCCCCUAUGAAUGCGGGAGAAGUAACUUCUCGAGUGACUACUUCAAGACCUUCCCAAUCUGGUCAUGUUUCUGCCUCAGCAUCUGGAUCAAGUGUCCCACUAAAUAAUCAACAUGGGUCUUCCCUGACUACGAGGAGGUCUCCUAGCCAGUCAUCACCAAGUAGCCAAGAUCGAGCUGGGCCAUCAGAUUUACAAUCAUUCUCAGAAAAUCUGAAGGCUCGAUUCAAUGCAGUAUCAAUGAAAUACAAAGAGUCAAUUUCAAAGAGCACAAGAGGUUGGAAGGAGAGAUUGUUCUCUCGCAAUAGUUCUGUUUCUGACGUUGGUCCUGAAGUUAGAAGGGAGGUUGAUGAUGGCAUUGCAACAGUAUCACGCAUGAUGGAGCAUCUGGAAACAAGAGAAAAUAAUAGAUUCAAUGGUGCUUCUGGAUCAGAUAGUGUAAAUAGUUCAGUUUCUGAAUCAGAAAAUAGGCGGAUAGCAGAGAAUGGUGGUCAAAAUUCUUUGAGUGAGCAAAAUAUGCAAGCAACCUGUGCUGCAGGUUCUAGUUCAAAUUAGAAGUUAUUCGGCGAUCGAUUAAAGUUGAAGCAAUUUCUUAUAAGGUAAGGUGGAAUUCUCUCUUUUCCAUGCCAGUUCCCAGAAGUUAUGGUUUGUCAUGCUCUGCCAUACACCGCUGGAUUCUAGUGGAUAAUCCUUUUACAUUUGGAAAGGGCAUUGCUGAGUAAGAUCUGAUUCGUAAUAAAGAAACUACAGAAUGCUCUACUAUUUAGAUCUAGAUAUCAUCAUAUGCUUGUAAAUAUGUUUAUACCAGACUUAUUUAUGAAGACAUUUUCACUUGUGCAUUGACGGAUUAGUUGUUUCUGAAGAUUUUUGAAUAAUACAUAAAUGCUAUACUAUGUUGCCUUCU